AUGUCGCUCUCGCGGCUGCUGCUGCGGCAGCAGCCAUUAGGGAGCAGCAGUCUUCUCACGCAGCGCCUGCCCCUCGCCCUCCCCGGUCUCGCAAGCACCGCUCUCCGCUUCGCAUCCACCCGUGUGCGCACGCGCAAGCCGCCCACGCCCGCCCUCGAGGUCGUCGAGGACCUUGUCGAGGAGGAGGCGCCGCAGGAGGUGGGGUGGCGCUCGCAGAUGGUUGCGGCCGUUGAUCGCAGUAGCACGGGGAAGGGUUUCCGCAUGCGCACCUACAAGCCCCGCACCCCCGGUCUCCGCCACCUCAAGCGCCCCGUCGAAGACCACAUCUGGAAAUACGGCCCUUACCGGCCCCUCACCUUCGCCAAGAUCGGGCACGCAAAGGGCGGGCGCAACAACAGCGGGCGCGUGACGGUGCGCCACCGCGGUGGUGGGCACCGCCGCCGCAUCCGCACCGUCGACUUCCACCGCCUCGACCCCGGCCCGCAGCUCGUCGACCGCAUCGAGAAGGACCCCGGCCGCUCCGGCCACAUCGCCCUCGUCACCAACGUCGCCUCAGGCAAGAAGACGUACAUCCUGGCCGCCGACGGCGUGCGCGCCGGCGACACCGUGCAGAGCUACAUGGACGGCGUGCCGCCGGAGCUGAUGGAGGAGAUGGGCGGCAAGAUUGAUCCGGGUAUCUUGGCGGCGAAGACGUGCUGGAAGGGGAACUGUCUGCCGCUGCAUAUGGUGCCGGUGGGGAGCAUCGUGCAUGCGGUGGGGUCGAAGGCGCGGGGUCCCGCCGUGUUUUGCCGCUCCGCGGGGACGUAUGCGAGUAUUGUGAGUAAGGACGAGAGGACGAAGACGGUGAUUUUGAAGUUGCAGAGCGGCGAGGUGAGGAGGGUGAGUAAGUGGGCGCCGGCCACGAUUGGCAUCGUGAGUAAUCCGACGUGGCAGCAUAGGCAGCUGGGGAAGGCGGGGAGGAGCAGGUGGUUGAAUAUCAGGCCGACGGUGCGUGGUGUGGCGAUGAAUGCGGCGGACCAUCCUCACGGUGGUGGACGAGGAAAGAGUAAGGGUAACAGACAUCCCGUCUCGCCUUGGGGUAUUCCCACGAAAUCCGGCUACAAGACUCGCCGACCCAAGAAGGUCAACAAGUACGUCGUCACCCCCCGCCCCCGCAACCACGGAAAGAGAAGGGCCAAGAAAUAG